AUGGCGAGCCCACCGCCGGUCGCCGAGGACCAAAGCCGCCUCCUCGAAGAGGCAUUGGGAGUUGUCCGACAACAGUCGGCCAUGAUGCGCAAAUGCUUAGAAACACCCGGGAAACUUAUGGAUGCGCUCAAAUGCGGAUCUACUCUUGUUUCUGAACUGCGUACCCCGAGUCUGGGUCCCAAACAGUAUUACGAAUUGUACAUGGCCGUUUUCGACGCAUUGCGACACCUGUCCGUGUACCUCAAGGAGAACCACCCCGUCAAUCACCUUGCGGAUUUGUACGAGCUGGUUCAAUAUGCCGGGAAUAUCGUGCCCCGUCUGUAUCUCAUGAUUACGGUCGGCACCGUCUACAUGUCAGUCGAAGAUGCGCCGGUCAAGGAGAUUAUGAAAGAUAUGAUGGAGAUGAGCCGAGGCAUUCAGCACCCGAUUCGGGGCCUCUUUCUUCGAUACUACCUCUCCGGUCAAGCACGCGACUACCUUCCCUCGGGAACCGGUGACGGCCCCGAAGGCAACCUCCAGGAUUCAAUCAAUUUCGUUCUGACCAACUUCGUCGAGAUGAAUAAGCUCUGGGUCCGACUGCAACACCAAGGUCCAUCCCGGGAACGAGAUCGCCGGAUACAAGAAAGACGCGAGCUGGAGCUUCUCGUCGGCAGCAACGUCGUACGUCUGAGUCAGUUGGUCGAUCUGGAAGCAUACAAGUCUGGGAUCUUGCAGGCCCUUUUGGAACAAGUGGUUCAGUGCCGCGACGUUUUGGCCCAAGAAUAUCUCCUAGAAGUUAUUACGAAAGUCUUCCCCGAUGAAUUCCAUCUUCAUACUCUCGACCACUUGCUCUCGGCAAUUGCUCGACUCCAUCCCCACGUUGACUUGAAGAAGAUUGUGAUCGGGCUGAUGGAUCGUUUGUCUACCUACGCGACAAAAGAGAACGACUCUCCCACAGAGCCCGAAGUGCGACGGGAACACGAAGAAGAAGCCGUUGUCCGACUAUUGAAGAAGCUGGAGCUCGACAAUGAGAAGAAGGAGAAGCAACAAACGGAGGCUGGAGAAAGUGGCGCGGACAAGGCCCAGGAGAAUGGCGUUGCAGAGUCUGCGAAACCCGGGGAAGCCUCCGAGAGCGCAAAAGAAGAGGGCGAAGACCAAGGUACUGCUACAAAUGGAGAUAGCGGAAAAUCCGUAGUUCCCGCUGAAGUGAAGCUCUACGACAUCUUCUAUGAUCAAGUGGUGAACUUGAUCAAGACGAGAGCACUCCCCAUUCAGGACAUCAUGGCACUUCUCGUGUCUCUGGUGAAUCUGGCUCUGAACAUCUACCCGGACGAGCUGCAUUAUGUUGAUCAGGUUCUCAAUUUCGCUGCUGGAAAGACCGCGGAAUAUACCGAUCAUGCCGAUCUUCAUUCGGCUACUACCCAACAGCAUAUCCUCCAUCUGCUCAGUGCUCCCCUACGCUCGUAUAUCUCGAUUUUUACCGCUUUAGCACUUCCCAAUUACCUACCUCUGCUGGCGUCACAAUCUUAUCCAACUCGCCGUGCAAUUGCAGGUGAGAUUGUGCGAAGCUUGUUGAAGAACAGGACUGUGAUCAAAAACACCGAGAACCUCGAUCGUGUGCUGCAGGCAGCUCGGGUUUUGAUCAAAGAAGGACUCCAGCAGUCAAGUGGUUACCCUGGAGCACCAUCGCAGCGGCGUGGCGGUGAGACCGAUGAUACCAUUGAGGAGCAAGGGUGGCUCGCCCGAUUGGUGCAUCUCAUUCAAGCGCCUGAUAAUGAUACACAGCUCAAGCUUCUUCAAACCACGCGAAAGGCCUAUGCGGAUGGCAAUGAGCGCAUCCGAUACACGACACCCGCUCUUGUCACGGCGUCAAUUCGUUUAGCUCGAAAGUUGAAAGCGCGCGAGCACUAUGACGACAACUGGCAAUCACAAUCUUCUGCUCUCUAUCGAUUCCUUCACCAAUGUGUCAAUAGUCUUUACCAGCGGGUCAACCCCGGAUCCGCGGAUCUAGCACUUCGUCUGUUCGUCAUGUGCGGUGAAGUCGCGGAUCAAACAGGAUUUGAGGAAGUCAGCUACGAAUUCUUCGCUCAAGCUUUUACAAUCUACGAGGAUGCUAUCAGCGACUCGCGCGCGCAGUUCCAAGCAGUCUGUAUCAUCGCAGGUGCCCUACAUGGGAGUCGAGGGUUCUCAAAGGAGAACUAUGACACAUUGAUCACAAAGGCUGCUCUACAUGGAAGCAAGCUGCUUAAGAAGCCUGACCAAUGUCGAGCAGUGUAUCUGGCCAGUCAUCUUUGGUGGGUUGUCGAGAACCCUCAGCGCGGCGAAGAAGAUUCAAAAAAUCUCUAUCGCGAUGGUAAACGAGUGCUGGAAUGCUUGCAGCGCGCUUUGCGAGUGGCCGAUGCUUGUAUGGACACGGCUGUCUCUGUGGAGCUCUUUGUUGAAAUCCUGAACCGCUACGUCUACUACUUUGACCAGCAAAACGAGACCGUAACAACCAAAUACCUGAAUGGCCUGAUCGAACUCAUCCACUCAAAUCUCCAGAGUACCGAAGACGAACCGAAUCCUAGCCUCGAGGGCCCGAAACGUCACUUCGAACGAACACUGGACUACAUCAGGUCUCGCGAAUACGAAGGCGUCGUGACCGAGCGACAAUGA